AUGAAAACGGCGUUUACCGACCUUCCGGAUGGGCUCCUGGAGAAAAUCGCAGAGCAUCUCGUUCCCACUACCCCGGAUUACAGGACGAACCCUUGCUACCAACAGGCCAGGAGGCCCCUCAUCUACGACUUCUGUCGCGUUUCCAGGAAAUUUUAUAAAAUCGGAAGACCGUUGUUGUACCGCAGAUUCGUCAACGACAAUGACCCACAGGCGCUGAGCCAGUUCAUCUCGGCCCUCAUUCGAGAACCAGCUCUCUCAAGUCAUCUGCGCACCCUCAUAAUCGGAGAGUACCUGGGCCCCAUCAACACUGACAAAGAAUGCGAUUACGACCCGGGCUUCAGGGACCGGCUUGCCAAGCGUGUACAUGAACUGGACUUGUUCAGCGAACGGGAAAGGGACCUGUGGAUCAAAAGCCUGGAAAGCGAAGAAUACGAGGCGCAGGUUGCCUUUCUGAUGGCAAUAUCCCCUAGUCUGGAGACGGUCGACAUAGCGUACGGCAAUUUCAGCUUCGGCCGCGCCUACAUCUCCUGGAUUGUGCGCCUCAUCUCCUGGUCCAUCCAACACGACCCCCAGGAUGGCCAACUCAACGCCCUCCCUUCUCUCCGGCGCUUUAUGGUUCGAGAGUCGCCAAAUUCCGUCUACAUGGGCGACUACCGUUUUUGGGAGGUCACCAUGUUGCCGUUUCUCCGCACCGCCGAAUUGCACCACCUCACCGAGACGAGAAUGGGGCUACCGUAUUGGCUGGAAAAGAUAAGCGGCAUCGAAAAAUUCGUCGUUCGCCCGCGUGCUUCUCACAACGUCCAACUUCUCAAGAGUUCGAUGCGGCUUUGUAAAGAACUGAAGUCGGCCACAAUUAUUUGGGAUCCCGUUGAAGACCGCGACAGACCUCUUGACAUCGAAGGCGUUGUGAACGGACUGCGAUUGCACCAAUCAUGUCUUCGAUCACUUUCACUGGAAUGCUUCAUUGAACCCGGGUCUCUUCCUGAUCCCCUGCCGCUGCCCUCUCUCAGAGACUUUGCAAAAUUACGAAAUAUACGCAUCAGCGGGGCUUAUUUGGAGGCAAACUUCAAAGAUGGCCAAGGCCAGAGCGCACCUGAUUUCCCGCCUUCUCUGGAAUCUCUUACUAUCGAAAGUUUCGGGAAGGACACAUUGCGCUGGCAGAAUUACGUCUCUACGCUGUUGGAGAACGAGAACCUACCCUGCCUGCGUCAUGCAAAAGUAGUUCUUUCUCCAACAGCGUGA